UGGCUUUCAGGUAGAGGAGAUGCUGUGUGCUGGCCAUGGCUUUCAGGGAAGUGACUGCGAAAAGGCAUGUUGGACUCGAGCAACUUUCCGCCUUUGCGUUAGCUGGAAGAACACUGCUGGGGCCAGUGAAGUCGUGCAAGUUUGUUGUGGACGAAAGCACCAACCAGAGCGUGUUGACUUGUUCCGCAGUCAGGCUCAUCGAAAGUUUGGAUUUAAGCAGUGCCACUGGACAGCUUCUUAAUGAAACCAUUCAGGCACAGAACAAGGAAUUUAAAACCGGGAUGAGUAGCCUGUUGUUUCUGGUCGGCGCGUGGAGCAGUGCUGUGCUAGAGUGCCUCCAGCAGAACGUGCCUGUUUCAGUAAUAGGGUCUGUGAUGGCAGAGGGCUUGCACUCUUGCUGUGAGAAAGUUCAGUGUCUUGAGCUAUCAAUACAUGAUGUAAAUAAAGAACUAUGUUCCAGCAGUGCUAGGAAAAGCAUUUUUGAAAACAAAACUUACUACAUUAGCUCUAACAGUUUUCUAAAUCCUCAAGUGUGUUUUCAGAAAGGUGCUCCUGCAUCAGAGGAAGUUGCUGUUCCAAGAAACGUUCAUUCCUGUCCAGAUGAUAGUUGUAACUUUAGUACCAGCUGUUUGGUUUCAACUUUGUCAGACUUUGGUUCAGUAGCUUCCCUCGUCAAACCGGUGGAUGACGAAAGUAAAUCUGUGAUUUCUGGAAGUGGUGUUAUCACAUCCAGCUGCAACAAAAAAAAAUUAAGUCACAGUAGAUACUUCAGCACUCUAGCAAAAUGCAAUUUUUCAAGCCAGCUAGGCAAUUUGGAGGGUUAUUUCUCAGGACAAUCAGCAUAUCCAUGUGAGUGUAAUGGGUUUGGACAUUUGGCAAUGGCUCUGAGCCACGGAAAUGCGACUAGCCUGAAACUGCUACAAAACAUUAUUGCAUAUCAACAGCGGCGAGCUGAAUGUGGUGGGUCUUCCCAGCUUAAUGUCACAGAAAUUGUGACAUGCUGUUUACUGGGCCUGCCUGAAAGUUAUUCUUGUGUUUGCCCAGGCUUUAUCACAUUAGUAUCCCCAGAACAAGCCUCAAUUAUCAACUACCUUCAAGACAAACCCCUGAGGAUCCUGCUGAUGGAUGGGGACCUGACUGAGCAGUAUCGUCACUUAGGUUUUAAUAGGCCACAUAAUGUGAGGACCAUAUCGGAAGCACCCAGCUUGCAGGAAGGCACCUCAGAAGAUGUGUGGCUGUGCAGCGCGUUAGACGUUCUAACGCGUUUUGAGGUCAACUUGAUUUUGGUCAAAGGAAACGUGUGUGAAAAACUGAUGGAAAGAUGCAUGGCAAACAACAUCCUGGUGAUAGGUUCUGUGAAAGCCCGUGUGCUACGUGCGCUUGGGGAGGCCUCGGGCGCCCAGGCGGUGCCGUACCUCGCUCAGCUGCAUGCCCGUCACCUCGGGAGCGGGGCCCACGUGCAGGUGUGGAGAGCCUGUGACGGGCAUGCGAUGGAGCUGCGCGAGCUUGUGCCAGUUAGGAUAGACGUGCAAGGAAUUCCCCUUCUCACGGCUGUGCUCACCACUACCGUCGCUGCCAAGCUGCAGCUCAUUGAAGACCAGUUCUGGACUUCUGUGUAUCGGCUGCAUCAUGCUUUAGACGAAGGGAAGGUUUUUCUUGGUGGUGGUGCAGUUGAGCUCUUGUGCCUUAGUCACACUCAGAUGCUUGCAGAACAGUCUUUGAAGCCAGCAAGAACAAAUGCUGAGAAAGAGUUUCACAAUCCUUCUUGGCUGGCAGCGUCUUUGACCGAGUGCAAGUCAGUUGUGCUUCAAGCAUUAGCAAGUGGCUGGACCCAGUAUCUUUCAGCAAUUUUGUGUAACACUGCAAAAGCAGCGUCGGAGAUUGAAGCACGUACCUUAAUCGAAUGCCACCUCAAAAAAGCAGCUGACUAUGGCUCUCCCUCAGCAUAUAUACUGAAAGAAUUUAGAAGAGGUGUUGUGGUCCAAGGUGCUUCUGAUCCCUUCACUGACCCUGCAGUGGAUUUCAGUGUUUAUGAUAAUGUUGCAGCCAAGAUGGAGGCGUGGCGGAGAGCUCUGGACUUGGUGCUGCUUGUGCUUCAAACAGAUGCUGAAAUUAUCACAGGUCCUGAAAGGAAUCGGUUGUUAAACUCAGAUGUGUCCAGUGAAUUUGUGUUUUUAUAGGGCUUGCAGC